AUGACUGAAUUUCCUUACGCACCCGCUUACGUGUAUUACAACACUGGGGAUAACAGCUUCACAAGUCACAAUGUAGAUCGAACCUCACUAAACAGAAACAUCACCGGGGCACGACACCGCAGGUCUUCACAUGACGAGAAGACGAACGUCCCUCGCAAAUUUCUAAUUGAUGUUCUGGAAACGCGUCGCCUUAUUCUGGAACAAGAAGAUACAGAUGGUGACUUUCAGAUAACAAUCAAUGACUCGGGACCGAAAUCACUAAAAUUGGGUACCGCAGAUUCCGGUGGUCAUAGUAAAUAUGAAAUUCGCGGAACAUAUAUGUUAUCGACUUUGCUACAGGAGCUAGCAUUAGCACUCGACCAUGGUCGUAAAUAUAUUGUUAUUGAUGAAGCGCGGCUUAAUGAAAAUCCUGUAGAUCGAUUAUCGAGGAUGAUCAAACACCACUUCUGGGAUGGGCUCACCCGAAAGAUUGAUGCAGACGGCUUAGAAGCAAUCUGUGCGGACCCUAAAAAUUUGAACGCAAAUCAUAAUCCUCGUAUUUAUAUUCCACAUGGUGAGACUGAAACAUUCGAGUACUACAAACAUGUAUCGGAGACUAGAAAACAUUUAAAACUUGAAGUGGAAAUGCUACCGCAAGAGAUGACGCCUGAAUACGUGAAGAGCAUUAAUAAUCGACCAGGCAUUUUGUCUUUAGCUUUGCGCAAACACGUUGAUGCAUACGGCAAAACAAUAAUCAAAGGUGUCCCAUUCAUAGUUCCUGGAGGCAGGUUUAAUGAAAUGUAUGGCUGGGACUCUUAUUUCGAAACUUUAGGAUUGAUUCUUGACGGGAGAGUUGAGAUGGCUAAGGGAAUGGUGGAGAAUUUUGUGUACGAGAUUAAACAUUAUGGUAAAAUAUUGAAUGCCAACCGCAGUUACUAUCUGACGAGAUCUCAGCCUCCAUUCCUCACAGAUAUGGCACUUCGUGUGUAUCACCAUCUUUCUGGUGAAGAAAGUGAAAAGGUAAAAUGGCUUGCAACGGCGUUUAAUGCCGCUAUCAAAGAAUACCACACCGUUUGGAUGAGUGUUCCACGCUAUGAUCCAAAAACUGGUCUUAGUCGAUUCUAUCCAACUGGUCUCGGGAUUCCUCCGGAAACUGAGGCGAGCCACUUCGAUCAUGUUAUUUUACCAUUUGCGAGACGAAUGGGUCUCACAAUUAAAGAAUACGCGGAAAAAUAUCAAAAUAAUGAAAUUCAUGAACCACAAUUAGACGAGUAUUUCUUGCAUGAUCGUGCAGUGCGCGAGUCAGGUCAUGAUACGACAUAUCGCUUCGAAAAACGAUGUGCACACUUGGCAACCAUCGAUUUGAACAGUUUGUUGUACAAGUAUGAGAUAGAUAUUGGUGAAACGAUUCGUGAUAUUUUCAAUGACAAUUUCGUAUUGGAAAAUGGUGCUAUUGAGAAAAGUGAUGAGUGGUUUAAACGUGCAGAAAGACGUAAAGCACUUAUAGAUAAGUAUUGCUGGAAUGAAGAGAAAAGUCUCUACUAUGAUUAUGAUACGGUGAAGGAAGAGCAAUCUGUGUAUGAGACAGUCACUGCAUUUUGGGCGCUUUGGGCCGGGUGUGCUAGUAAAGAUCAAGCGGAAAAAUUAGUUGGAACCGAAGAAUCUCGUGGAACUAUAACGUUGGAUCGUCCUAAUCGUCAAUGGGAUUAUCCUUUUGGUUGGGCACCACAUCAAAUGAUGGCAUGGCGUGGAUUAGAGAUCUAUGGAUACAAGAACGAAGCUCGUCGUUUAGCCUAUCGAUGGCUAUACACUAUAACUAAAUCUUUUGUCGAUUUCAAUGGAGUUGUCCCAGAGAAGUACGACGUUGUCUCACUUGGUCAUCUGCUCGACGUGGAAUAUGGAAAUGUUGGUACCGACUUUAAAUUUGUGCCUCGAGAAGGUUUCGGUUGGAUGAAUGCUUCUUAUCAGGUUGGUCUCAGCUAUCUGACGCAACAUGAACGACGGGUCUUGGGCACGUGUACGAGUCCCAAAAUAUUCUUCAAGAAGAAAGAAAACAAAGUGACCGAGUUGACUGCCCAAGAAGUGUUUAUGAAGGCCAAGGAAAUGCUUUCUAAUAGUGAGAUUAACAUAUCAGACACUUCACCACCAUCCGAGACCGAAUAUGCAACAUCAACUAUUGUCGAUCAAGUUAACAGCGAGGAUGAUGAGCUUAAUAUUGUUAAAUCACCAUUAGAAACGGUAUCUGAAAGUGCCGUUGAAAAUUUUACAGUUUCACUGGUAAAUAAGGAAGGACAACUGGAAGCUGUAGAAUUGGCGCUGAUAAAAACGGAUGCAACUACAGAAACAGGAUCAGUUGCUUGA